AUGUCUGUUGGUGGCAACAAAAGGAAUUAUUCAUACUCGACCGAUGAUGACAAAUGGACCUUGAUCACAGAUGACAAUGACCAGUACAUCUACAUCGUUGGUGGAUUUGAUCGGCAAGCAUCACCACCAACCUCGACUGAUCAAGUUGUCCGCUUCGACAUCAGCACGGAACAGUUUGAACAAAUUGGAUUCCUACCAUACUCGUUGGACACGGUCUGCAUCUGUGUCCACGACAACUCAAUCAUUAUUGCCGGUCACAAGAAAGGUGUGCUCUCAUUCAAUCUCAAGACACUGACUACUGAUCUUCUCUUUGAUCAAUCAUCAAUCAACAAGGGAUGUGGAAGAAGUACGGAGUAUGCCAGUUGCUUCGUUGGUCAAGACAACCUUUACUUGAUGUUCUUUGAAGAUAUGUUAGAUGAUGAUGAUACAUUCGUUCGAUUCACACUGUCCACCAACAAAGAAGUUGACUCCAUGUCCCAAUAG